UUUUAAACUAACAGAGAAAUAUUGAAUUAUAAGCUGUUAUUCGUUAGAAUCAUGGAUCAGAAUUCUCCGAAUAGGAUUGCCCCAACUUUUCUGGGAAAUCAAGGCGAAUCCGCCAGUAAGGAGGUACAUGAGAAAAAUUCGCCGAGUUUUAACUUUAAGGCAACCGAGGAGGAGCUCAAGUUCGUGCGCGAAUCUAGGGCUACGAAGCAACCCCUGGGCAUCCUCCAGGAGAUGCUAUCCCGACGCGGCAUCGUCCUCAACUAUGAUAUUGUCCAUACUGAAGUCGCAGCCGGUCACGUGCUGAACUACUGGUAUCGCGUCUUCUUCAUGGAGAGGGAACUUCCAUAUUUCGCUUUGGGUACUGGACGCUCUAAAAAAGCCGCCAAGCAUGAUGCGGCAGGAAACCUCACCGAACUAAUAUGUGGAUCGCCUAGAAGUGGCCCAAAUUCAGAUGUCCUCGAUGAUGCUCAUUCUAUCCGCCGGCUGAACGAGUUGUGUAUAGGACGCCGCUGGCCACCGCCGGAGUAUGACUUUGAAGCUAGUCGCCCCGAGGACCACUACCACACGGUCGCUUGCUCGGUCCUCGAAUAUCGCGAGGAGGCCAAGGCUUUUACCAAGAAACAGGGCAAGCGUUUGGCCGCAAAACAAAUGUGCGACCGUCUGCUGCAGGAGCCCGUUUCUUCCGAGGAAGUUCAACAGAUUGAUGAUGGGGUACUGAACGUGGAAGAGUGGAUACCGAAACCCCGAUUGGGAGAGAAACUGAUGCCGAAACCCGAAAUGGGAAAUAAACUGAUGAAUAUUCAGGAGACCUGCCUGAAGAACACCAAGAUUGAACACAAGAAACUUUUAGACGAGGUCGCUGCGGAGAAUGGAUAUAAUAUCACCUACGUGGAUAUCGACGAGGCCUCCUUCACUGGGAAAUUUCAGUGCCUGGUCGUGAUAUCCACGUCGCCAGUGGGAAUAUGUCCCGGCACUGGGGCUUCGGUUGAAGAAGCCCAGUCGAAUGCCGCCCAGAAUAGCCUGGAAUACAUGAAGAUACUCACCCAAAAGGGGGAGAGUAUUGAGCAAGCGAUUGCCAAGUUAAACUAAGAUAUUUCUCCCUUGAUACAACUUUUUUUUUUUCCAAAUAUGUAAGAAUUAACUAAUUCUCUCGACCGAAAGUCUACACAAAUUUGAAGCUUUCUGGUUGUACAUGUAUUCUAAGAAUGUGAAAAAUGUCAUAAAGUACCCAUGUAUUUGAAAAACGUAGAUUCGCUUUGCUUAUGCUCAAA